UUUACAUACUUAUUUCUAGAUGGACAACGACCCUAAAUGUUGAAGAAGCAGCAGAAGGUCUGAGCUGAAGCCAUUGUUGAAAGGGUUUUUGGAUAGAUUUGUUUGAUGGAGAUCUCACCUCUGAGAGGAUUAUCUGAAGUGGGAAUGGAGGAUCCGACUUUUAUUCAUCCAUGGCAGACGAACUUUCUUGAGGAGCUCACUGUACUGCCAAUGGAAGCUGCAUUUGGAGAGCAUCUGUAUCAGGCUUUCAGUCAUCACCAGUCCUUCAACCUCAAGCCUUCAAUGGAGAUCAAUUCCCAUGGUGGUUUGGAUAGGCCUCUGAAACUACUCAAACCCAAUAGCUGGAACCCCUCCAAUACUAAUGAUAUAAAUAUGCCACACCCACUUGUUCCUUCUUCUCCCAAUGUUUUCUCCUUUGUCAAUUCCAACUACACGAAUCAAGUACCUGUUGUGAAGCCGAAGGAGGAGGCAGUGUCUUCCAAAAGCAGUGCUACUUUCCCUUCUGAUGGUUUGGUCUCUCAAGGCUUGUUUGAGAACCAAAACUAUGUGUUUAAAUCCAGCCAAGGAGCUAAAAGAAUCACCACCACCACUGCUAGGCAUUCUCAGACUCAAGAUCAUAUAAUAGCAGAAAGGAAGCGUCGAGAGAAGCUCAGUCAGCGCUUCAUAGCUUUAUCAGCCAUUGUUCCUGGCCUAAAGAAGAUGGACAAGGCUUCUGUUCUUGGCGAUGCUAUCAAGUACUUGAAACAACUGCAGGAGCGAGUUAAGACACUGGAGGAGCAGACAAGGAAGAAAACAACGGAAUCCGUGGUCUUUGUGAAGAAAUCCCAAGUCUUUCUUGAUGGAGAUAACUCUUCCUCUGACGAGAAUUUCUCCGGCAGCCCCUUAGACGAGCCACUACCAGAAAUUGAAGCGAGGUUCUCAGACAAAAGUGUCCUUAUCCGAAUCCACUGUGAGAAAAGGAAAGGAGUUGUGGAGAAACUAGUAGCUGAAGUUGAGGGCCUCCAUCUCACAGUCAUCAAUAGCAGUGUCAUGACAUUUGGGAACUCAGCUCUGGAUGUCACCAUUAUCGCUGAGAUGGAAGAGGAAUUCAGCAUGACAGUGAAGGACCUUGUGAAGAAACUACAUGCAGGGCUCAAAUAGUUCAUAUGAAAAAAGAAGCUCAUAUCUCAUACAUUUUAGAGUCAGUCUAGGAAUAAUCCCUUUUUAGAGUCAGUCUGAAAUCUCAAGUAUUUCAAUCUUUUCAUUGAAACAAGGCCUGCAGUGCUCCACCAUUUAAGACCACCAUGCAUAUACCUUAAAAAGCUUGUUUGCUGUGAGGUUCAUUAAAUUUUUUUUUUCAGGAGGGUUUUUGAGGAGAAUCUGUUUUUUGCAUGGCUGGAUUAAUGAUGGCCAUGUUGAAUCAAUCACCCAACUGUUGAAAAGGAUUAUUAAUGAUCUCAGGGCUUGUAUAGGCUUAGUUCUGUCUUUUUGUGGGAGGUUGAUUUAUAUGUAGUUGUUCAACCAACCUUUUCUUGUGUCCCCUAAUUUCCAAGUCUUUGCUGGAGUGGUUUUUUUUCUGAGGUGGAUAGGCGACAAUAAGGGCCUUUGUUUUUAGUGUGUUUUAGAGGCAUCUUUUGAGGGUUUUCUCUUGAGCUGUGGCCUCUUUUUCCAUUGUAAUGUCACUUAUGUUUGAAUCACAAUAAUGGAAUAUUAAGAAUAAUUUUAAGGAAAUAAUAAAUAUGUUUUUAUUUUUAUUU